CGCGACGACGCCUGUUUGGCUCGUCCGCGCGUGACGUCGGCGCUGUUUGCUAUAAAGACGCAGAGCCGACGUGAGACGGGCGAGUUCGACUCCAGGCUCCGACAUCGCAGACUGACCAAGCAGAGGUGGCGAGCCUCGUCUCGUUCUCAACUUUCGUGAGAAUUCGGCUGCAGGGAUAACGCGGCAUCUACCGCAGCAGCUGUCUUCGGCUGUCUCUGAUAUAACCAGCACAGCAUCUGUUGGGCGUUUUCCCCUUUGGGAACAUUUUUUGUUGUUGUUGUUUGUUUGUUAACUGUUGGAGCUUUGUGAGAAGCUGACAAAAAAUAAUUGAGAGACCCUUUUUGGGGUGUUUUUUUGUGCUUACGGUAGCCUAUCAUAGAAGUUACCUUUAGCUAUGAAGGCUGCAGUCGGUAGCAUCGUGGUGAUUAUGCUGUUCAUAAGCUUCUGCAAAGGAGGCUACAUACAUCGGCCCUGUACAGAAUUCGGCAACAAUAUUAUGAAACCGAAAGUUGAAGAUAAACGAUUCCUCUUUCAUUAUUCUCAAAUUCACAACACAGCGCAUACGCCCAACAUUGGACCGUCGGGAGUCAUUCAUCCGCUGCUGAAUCUGGUUCCCAAACUGUACCAGCAGCACUUGCGGAGAAUACAGCGCAGUGGGUGUGGGAAUUUCACGAAACCCGAUGUAAUCCUCAAACUCUUGGCUUCAAAGCGCCGCAUCACAAGGCACAUAAUGGCCGACUCGUUUCUACAGAAUACCCCUGACAGGCUGCUACAAGACCUUCAUCAUCACAAAGUUCUAACCCAUAAUCCUAAUUCCUAACUAGGAUCCUACCCUUAUUUUGCAACCAUUACCAAUAACUCUAACCCGGAUACUUAACCCUGUCCCUAAUGCUAAUACCUAAGUCUAACCAUAAUACUGUACUUAAUUUUAACCCGAAUCUUAACUUAAACAAUAACACUAAUAUUAUCUCUUAUAUUCAUGUGAACUUAUAGCAAGAACCCUGAAUGUAGCCCCUUGCUCCUACUCGGCUCCUAACAUUAACCUGAACCUAAAAAUUGACUCUAAAUGAAACCCUAAGCCCAGUCCGUAGGCCAAUGAUGACCCUUGCAUUAACCGUUACCCCACCCUUGACUUGAACUCAAACUCGCAUGAUGUAUAAAGUGUCGAACCUGCGCUCGCUGUCGGCAGUGCUCUCGGGAUGACGCAACAUUACAAUAAAGGUGCAGAAUCCA